AUGUACGACUUUUGCAAGGAGCAAGCAUCACCGACUUUUCUGCACAUUUCACCUUCUUGCCAUGGUUGUUCUUAUACCACCUUCUCGUAUGCCCAAUCGUGCACAGACUAUUUUCUUUGCUAUCACGGGCACCCGAUUGAAAUGCGUUGUACCGAUAAUUUGCACUUCAAUAUAUAUACAGCUAAAUGUGAUUUCCCCGAAAAUGUACAAUGCAUGCUCGACCGACCAAAUGCAAAUAAAUGCUUACCACAUGUCACUGACUUUUUUCCGCAUUCGCAGAAUUGUAACUAUUUCUAUUACUGCAUCAGGGGCUUUCUUACUCUGCAGCAGUGUCCAUUUUACUAUGGCUGGGACAUUGAACGUCGCGCAUGCGUACUAAUUAAACAGGCGAAAUGUUUUGAAGGAUCCAAGCGAACGUACAUAAAUAAGUAAGGUACAAGCGUGAAGGGAACUAUUAUCAGAACUUUUUUCAUACAUGACAUACUUUAUACAAAUAUUUAUGUAAAUAAAUG